UGUCUGGUGGUAGCGAUGGUGGCGGAGGCCGCCCGCAUCAAGAUACCGGCCAAGAGCCGGAACGAUGAUCUGUUCUCGGAGGACGAGUUCACCUUUCCGGUCGAGGACACGAAGGAUCCGACCAAGUUCACCGGCAACGUUAUGAAGGCGUCGAUCCUGAUGGCACAGGUCAGCAACCAGGGCAAGGGCAAGUUCAAGUACGCCGUGGAGACAGAGAAUGGCAUCGAGAUCGAGCAGAUCGGCAAGCUGCGCAACGACUCCAAGACGUUCGUCGUGAUGGGCUCGUACACGUACACCGGGGCGAACGGGAAGCGGUACCGGGUGCGUUACACGGCCGACGAGUUCGGCUACCAUCCGAUCACCGAGCUCGACCUGGAGAUACCGGAUUUGAACCAAGCACCGGCACCAACGCAGCGUCCCUUCGUUCCGUUCACGACCCGCUCGACCACGCCACGGUCGACGACGACGAGGAGAACGACUACGACCACGACGACGACGACGACGCCGCCACCGCCCGAGUUCGAUGGAUACCAUUACGAUAAGCCGGACAACUCCUACCUACCGCCCAGCAACGAGUAUCUGCCACCGCAGGAACCGGAUAUCGACUAUCUGCCGCCGAAGGAGGACAGUGCGCGUAGCCAGUACCAGGAGCCGGCCGACGAGUUUCUGCCGCCGCGGUACGAUCUGCGAAACGAUCGCUUCUAAGGACAUCUCCCACUGCAUUGUCGUCACCAUCUCUCUGGUACACACGCACACACCGCUUUUUUACGCCUGGUAUAGGUUAUAAAAGGAAUUUACUCUAACAGUACAAAGGUGAGCCUGCGGCGCGUCUUGCCGUCUGCCUGUCUGCCGCGUUGUCGCUACCCUCGUCGUCCCUUGCCUUCCCAUCGGUAACCAUAAAAGAAA